AUGAAGUAUGAUACUCAUUUUGUCCAAAAACUUAUUCUAGAUGCUGAUAAUAGAUGUUUAGCCAUUCGCAACCUUUUUGGAUUUGAUAAUAGGCCCAAUACUGAAGCUGAGCGUGACUAUCCGCUAGCAUAUGGUUUGAUAGUGUAUAAGAAUUUGGUGCUUUUUAUGCUGAGCUCAUUUUAUCGACCACAAAACGAGUAUUGUGUAGCUGUAAGCGGCGGAGCUGAUCCACUGUUCAAACUCAUUAUGGGUGAAGUUGAUGAAUGUUUUGAUAAUAUUAGAGUGCUGAACCGGCCCCGCAUCGACUGGGGAUCUUAUGAGAUAAUCAAUUCAACCUUUGCUUGUCUCAAGUUUCUGUCUAGUAGUCAAACACAAUGGAAGUAUUUUCAGUAUCUCGCUGGUGUUGAUAUUCCGCUCAAGACCAACUUAGAGAUGACUGAAAUUUUCAAACAAUGGAACAACACGGUAAACGCGGAGGUCACUUGGUUUCAACCGAAAAGAAUCAGAAGCAAAAGGAUAGAGGCAGCUCCUUUACCACUGUACAAGGCAUCAUUGUCAGCAACAGUUCCACGAGCUGCCGUCGAUCAGAUAGUUGCUAGCAGCGAAGCGCGGCGACUUCUCGUGUUCCUUCUCAACACUUCCAUACCCGACGAAAGUUUCUGGGGUACCUUGACAGGAAAUAUCGACAAAUUUCCGGUACCGGGAGGUGUGGACGCGGCGGCAUGGCUAGCAUACCGGGAGAAUUAUCGUAAGAAACAUGCUGACGAAUUGAAGAAGUUCCAACUCCAGAAAUACCAUAUGCGCUAUUAUCUGUCGCGAUAUCAGCUCUGGGAUAGCCAUUGCAAAGGGAAGAUGGCCUCCGGUUCUUGCAUUUUCGGUGUAAGAGAUUUGCCCGAUCUUCUUAGGCAACCUCACCUUGUAGCACAUAAGCUCUACAUAGAUUUCGAACCAGCAGCGUUUUUCUGCGGCUUAAAGGAAAUACGAUCGCGAGAA